AUGGAAAUUAGUCAAGUUUUAGAGAACGCCAUCUUAAAUCCGGAUGCUCAGGCACGUCAGGCUGCUGAGGCCAAGCUUGCUGCCAUGGCUUCGGAAAAUUGGGUUUCGUAUCUUGGGCAGAUGGUUCAAGUUCUUGGUGAUGAAUCCCAGAAGACCGAAGUACGUAUGUUGGCCGGUCUUGGUGUGAAGAACCAACUUACUUCGAAAGAUGCUGUGAAAAAGCAACAGCAGACUGAAAGAUGGGUUCAGAUCGAUGCAGAAACCAAACAGCACAUUAAAGAUAUAGCCUUGAACACUCUUCUCAGUCAAACUGAUCGUGUGGCCAACCAGGCUGCUCAACUAGUUGCUGCCAUUGCAGAUAUCGAGCUUCCGCGCGAUGAAUGGCCUCAAUUGAUGCAUGUUAUUGUCGACAAUACUAAAAGUGAUCGUCCCGUGAACGUCAAGCGUGCCUCCUUACUUACCAUUGGAUAUAUUUGUGAGACUGCUGACCCUGAUAAUCCACAGGUUUCUGCGCAGUCCAACGGUAUUCUUAUCGCCAUCGUUCAGGGUGCUCAGUCAUCUGAGCCUGCUAUGGUUGUUCGUCGCACUGCAAUCAGUGCCCUUGUCAACUCUUUGGAGUUCAUUGCCGGAAACUUUGAAAGAGAGGGUGAACGUAAUUACAUUAUGCAAGUUGUUUGUGAAGCCACCACUGCAAACGAUGCCGACCUUCAGGCUUUGGCGUUUGGUGCUUUGGCCAAGAUCAUGAACCUGUACUAUCAGUAUAUGGGUGUCUAUAUGGAGAAAGCUUUGUACGGAUUAACUGUUACCGGUAUGCAUAGCAGCGAUGACAGGGUUGCCUGCAUGGCUGUAGAGUUUUGGAGUACUGUUUGCGAGGAGGAACUUGAGAUUCAAUUAAGACACGAGGCGAUGGCCGAACCAGCGCAACCAAGUACUGCAAACAACCACACUGCCGACUUGGUGUCCUACAACUUUGCUCUUGUGGCAAUUGGUGACGUUCUUCCUACCUUGUUGAGUCUUCUUACCCGACAGAACGAGGAUCCCGAUGACGAUAGCUGGUCUGUGGCUAUGGCUGCGGGAGCAUGUCUCCAACUUUUCGCCCAAAAUACUGGUAAUUAUGUUGUGCGUCCCACUCUACAGUUUGUGGAGCAAAACUUGGGUGGCGAUGGCUGGCGCCAAAAAGAGGCUGCCGUUAUGGCUUUUGGAUCCAUUCUAGACGGCCCUGACAGGGGUGAGCUGCGCACUGUCAUUUCACAGGCCCUUCCUCCUAUCUUGCUUCUUAUCAAAAAUGAGAGCGAACCUGUUCGAGAGACCGUGUCGUGGUGUCUAGGACGUAUAGCCGACCUCGUAGUCGAUGCUAUUGACAUUCAAACUAUGCUUCCACCGCUGCUUGAAGCUGUUGUUUUUGGACUUCAGAACUCUCCAAAGGUUGCUACAAACUGUUGCUGGACGCUUAUUAAUCUUCUCGAGCAGUUAUGUCACGAUUCCACCGAGCAGCAGACCAGUGUCAUGUCACAGUACCUUAAUGGUUUAGUUCCAACACUUCUUCAGAUAUCUGCCCGUAAUGACAACGACAAUGCUGCCAGGACAUCUGCUUACGAGGCUCUUUCCUCUGUCGUUUUGUACAGCGCUCAACAGGAUAUGAACUUUGUUUCGCAGAUCGCAACAGAAGCCCUGUCAAGACUAUCUCAGACCAUGGAAGUGGAAACUUCUCAGCCCGGUGCCACAAGUGGCGAGAACAAAGCGGAAUUGCAAGAAUUACAAUCUAAUAUUCUUUCUCUAUUGACAAAUGUGACGCGUAGAAUCGGUUCCGAGGCUGGAUCUGUUGCCGACCAGCUCAUGGAGACUUACCUCAAGUUGCUUGGUAUGCAAGAACCAGAUUCAGUCAUCGAGGAGGACAUCUUUAUGGCAAUCUCUGCUGUGGCGUCAUCGGUUGAUGCGGGCUUCGUCAAGUACAUGGCUGCAUUUCUACCAUUCCUUACUAAGGCUUUGGAAAGUGUGGAUUCACCGGUCUGUGAUGCAGGUAUAGGACUAGUGGUGGACAUUUGCCACUCCCUUGGAGAGAACUUUAUCCCUUAUUGUCAGGGAUUCAUGGCUAUUUUGGGUAACACGUUAUCGAACCCUCAUGUUCGUCGUGAACUCCGGCCCCUAAUUCUUUCGUGUUUUGGAGACAUUGCCUCAUCUAUCGGUAAGGAGUUCAUUCAAUACUUGGAUGUAGUGAUGAACAUCUGCAACUCGGCUCAGAGUCUUCAGUUGGAGGAACAGAGUUAUGAGUACGAGGACUACUUGAUCAACGUCAAGGAAUCCGUACUGGAUGCCUAUGUUGGUAUAGUGGCGGGCUUGCACGAUUCUCCUGAUAGCCUCUUUCCGUACCUAGGACAGAUGUCACAAUUUCUCAUGAACACAUAUACAGAGCCUCAGCUUGCAUCAAACGAGUCUGUGUGCCGGUCUGCCGUUGGCAUGAUUGGUGACUUGGCACAUAUGUAUCAAAACGGCCAGUGGAAGGAGUUUUUCACUCAGGACUGGGUCGCUGAUUACAUCAAGAAGACUCGUAGUAACCAGCACUUUGGUAAGGUGACUCGUGAUACCGCCAGAUGGGCUCGAGAGCAACAAAAGUUGCAACUACAGGUCUAG